ACAAAUCGUGUAUAAAAAAAAACCUCUUUCAUUUCAUCUUCCUCCACCAUCUGAAGUAAUCUUCCAUUUACAUUUGUGCCCUUCCCCAUACAAUCUCUCUCAUUUUCCUCCUAACAUUUUCAUUUUCUCCAGAAAAAAAUAUUCAUCCUCUCAUCUUCCUCUUCAGAUCUCAUUUCCUCCUUCUCGAAUCUAAUUCUCUGAAAGCCAUGGGAGGAGUUUCUCUUCUUCAUCCUCGUGAUAUUCUCUCCAGAAACAGCCUUACCCCGCCUCACCGGCAAAAAAAUCCAGUACCCAAUCGCCGUCGCCGGAGUCCGCCACGUCAUCAAGCGGCGAUCUCUCCUCCUCGGUCUCCUCCCGUCUCUACUGUUAUCCCAAAGGGAUCAAAGAAGAAGAAUCUCAACCAUGUCAGAAUUUUAAAGCGCGGUGAGGAAAUCGGCAAGGAGAUACCAGAUCUGCCGAUUGAGAAUCCAGAUCUGAAUACUACUCGUCAGAUCAGAUCAGAUCCGGUGAAGAUUUCGACUCGGAUCCGAAAUUCCGAUAGGGAAUCGAUGCCGGCGUUGUUUUACGCCGGUCCAGUCACGUCCACCUCUCCGCCGCCGAGUGAAGUUCCCUUGCCGGCGUUUUUCUCGAAAAAAACCGUCGUCUCCGUGUUCAAACCCUCCGAUGCAACCAACGAUCUGAUCAGAUUGCUGCGAAUCGAUGUUUCAUGAUUCACAUGAAUUCAGAUCACACUUUACCGUUAUCCGAUCGUCGGAAUUUCAUUCCAAACCUUCUCGAAUCUUUUCGAAGGUGCCGAGACAUCUUCUUCGUUAUGAAACGUUUUCGAAUCUUCUCUUAUUUUUUCAAGGGGAAAGAUCGAAAUAUCUUCUUUCACAAGCCUUUAGUGUCUCAUUUUUAGGGUUUUUUUUCUCGGUCUCAAUUUUACGGUUAAUCUGUACUUAAGGAGUGUAUUUGUGUAUUAAUUAUUUUCGUAUUUUGAGUAAAUUAUAUCUGUUUAGUGUUUAUUUAGGAUACUCUAAGUGGAGAUGUAUUUUACUACGGGUAAGUUGUAUCGAUGUAAUCUCCAAAGUA